UAAAUUUAGAUCAUCCAGGCACUCUUGACCUGAGAACGAACCCUCCCCACCCCGAUUGAGACGUUUCGAGUUCCUGCAAAGAUAGCCGGACGAACAUGGAACGCUGUAAAACAUGGCUGCUGCUUCUGGUUGUAAAACUGUUGCUGCUUCCACUAACGACGGGUAAAAACCCCAACAUUUUGCUCAUGAUAGCGGACGACCUAGGUAUUGGGGACAUCGGCUGCUUUGGCAACACGACCCUAAGGACCCCCAACAUCGACAGCAUAGCCCGUGGCGGGGCGCUGUUGUCUCAACACUUGACUGCCGCGAGUCUCUGCUCCCCAAGUCGCUCGGCCCUUCUUACCGGGAGGUAUCCCGUUAGGUCAGGUAUGGCUCCGAGCACUUUUAUUCGAGUGAGUAUCUUCAACGCAAGCCCUAGCGGUCUCCCAACAUCAGAAAUAACCUUUGCCAAGUUGGCCAAACAAGCGGGCUACAAAACUGGACUCAUAGGGAAAUGGCACCAAGGCUGGAGCAGAGACAGCUUCAACGACUUUCAUCACCAUCCACGAAACCACGGCUUUGACUACUUCUACGGGAUUCCAUUGACGAAUCUUAAAGACUUUGGCGACGAUGGAGACAGAGUAUUGUUCAGUUUCCUGUCUCAUGCGCUGCAACGCUUUGUCACGGUGGUACUGGUGAUAUCCAUCAGCAUCAUAUGCUUAUAUAGAGCAGGUUAUAUCGGCAUAGUACCAUGUUCGCUGUCAAUCUUCAUUCUUGUCAUCAUGAUGGGGUCGGUCUACCUUAUCAUGGAUAAUUUGAAGGUGCUUAACAGCACCAUCUACCGAAACUUUGACCUGGUAGAACAACCGAUUGACCUUGAAACUCAGAUGGCCAAAGAAGUUGCCGAAGGUCAAGAAUUUCUUCAAGCCAGACGAGAUGACCAAGAACCGUUUCUAUUGGUUAUGUCAUGGGUGCAUGUGCACGUCUUUCUCGCUCCUAGGCAGAGGUUCCUUGGUAAAACUAAGCAUGGUAAAUAUGGGGAUUCGGUUGAAGAAUUGGACUGGGCUGUUGGCGAGAUGCUGAACUCUCUCCAGCAGUUGGGCUUCGCUGACAACACCUUGGUGUACUUCUCGUCUGACAACGGCGGCCAUCUUGAAGAGCGAAACAUUCGGGGGGAGUUAGAAGGUGGAUAUAAUGGCAUUUACAAAGGCGGCAAAGGUCACGGCGCAGUGGAUGGAGGUAUUCGAGUACCGACCAUUAUAAAAUGGCCAGGGCGAAUCCCUGCGGGAUCGAGCUUCAGCGAACCAACUUCGCAGAUGGACGUAUUUCCCACUCUCGCCAACGCCAUGGGCGUCCAAGUCCCUUCCGACAGACGGAUCGAUGGUCACGACAUGCUGCCCCUCCUAAGUGGUCAGACCAGCGUCUCAUCACACGAAUUUAUGCUCCAUUAUUGCGGCUCAGAUGUUCAUGCUGUCAGAUACAGGCCAAGGGGAGGUACAAUCGUCUGGAAGUUGACUCUGAAAGAACCGAACUAUCUCCCCGGCCGCCAGGUGUGUGAGUUCAUUUGUAACUGUGCGCACGCCAUCACUCUUGACCCCCUCGGUUUGUAUGACAUGACGUCAGAUCCGGGAGAGAAACGACCAAUGAAUGCCACGGACCACCCCGAAGUUUACAAGAAGAUAAUGCACGCUCUCGAGGAGCACCUACAGCACGUGGACCCCGUGCCCAACCAAUACACCUUCAGGAACGUCAUGUGGAGGCCAUGGCUGCAGAUGUGCUGCAACAACAACUACCCUUCAUGCACAUGCCAGGACAAAAAGUUCAAGGGAAAAAUCUAAACCUGUCAAGAUUCAAACAUGCUAUAAUUUCCUUAUGCGCAAUUUGAUAACAUGGCCGCCCGGCUUUCGACCUAACCCCGCCCGCCCUAGUUUGUCAAUAGGGUUAGUCUUAGGUUUGACUCUGAUUCGAAUAUCCAGGUUAGGAGCUUGAAGUACAGGGGCAUCAAAAUAUCAUAUACGCUUGUCAUAAAAACUAAUGUUGUAUUGGCAUGUUGGAAUCAGCUCUUGAAUCUGACACACUAACGAAUGUAUAUUGAUCAUAUUGAUAUGAAUCCCGAGAACAAUGGUGCUGAGUGCUACUCUUAGACUUGGAAAGAGGACUCGUUACGGUACGAUAGGAGUAAGAGGAGUGAGUCACUGAGUUUAGUUUUACGCCGGUUUUUGCAAUAUUCCAGCAAUAUCAGAAAUGGGCUUCACACAUUGUGCGGAAUCGAACCCAGGUCUUCGGCGUUACGAGCGAACGCUUUAACCGCUGGGCUACCCCACCACCAGUAAGAGGAACUGUUGCUCGUAAUCUCUGCUUCACCUGCCCUUUGGCGCAUUGGGUAAUCUUGUGGUUAAAGCGUUCGCGCGUAACGCCAAAUGCCCAUUGCUUACAUGGGUAAAAGGUGUGAAGCCCUUUUUGUAGUUUCCCCUGGUAUUAUGUUGGAUUAUCGCUAAAAGUGGAGUGAAACCAUACUCACUCACCUGUACCUUCAUACAGGCAUCAGGUACACGGGGACUUAUUAUAAUGGAAUAUGUGUCGGUCGUUGUUUGAAUACGUCUAUUGUUUGCUCACAAAGGGAGAGAAUAACAAUAUUCCGUUUCCCAUUUAUUCAGGACAGUCGGCAUGUUGCUGCUAUUGUUUUUGUAAAUACAUGAAGCAAAAUGACCACUUUCCCAAGGUGCUAAGUAUUCUUAAUAUCGGCGUUCUUCUUUUAUCCGGACACCGUUUAACAAGAUGAACAUGACCAAAGUCACAAAAGAGACACACUGACGUGCUACUCAAAUACUUAUAUAAUAUAGAAUAUAAGUAUAAGUAUCAUAUAAUUAGAUAAUAUAUUUUCAAAUACUUUAAUAUGUUUUCAAAUACUUUAAUAUGUUUUAUAUCUCUAUUUACAUUAAAUAUGUGGUAGCAGAGUCAUCUCAGGACGAUGCUUAGCUUUCAAUCUACAUUGUUAUUUACUUUGUUGUAUUUAACCAAGAUUUAAUAAAGGUGAGGUGAGGUGAAA